AUGGCGCUCAGUUUCUUCAGCGGGACUGGAAGCGCCAGCCAUGCGAAGUACUUUGACAUUCGAUUGAAAGAUGAAUAUGUUGUCUUUCGUGGAGGUGAAGAUGAGGCCGCCAGUGCCCACCUGAAGGGUACACUGGUGCUCUGUCUGUCGGAGCCGCUCACCAUCAAGCAUAUCCGCUUGCAUCUCACAGGCAUGUCGCGUGUAUGCUGGCAUGUUCCGUCCACAUCAACCGCCGGCGGUCGCAAGGCAUGGAGAGAGCGAGUGUUCUAUGAGAAAUCCUGGCAAUUCCGCGAGCCCGGCAAGGGCAAGACCGAGGUCCUUGCAGCAGGCAACUAUGAAUACCCAUUCGAUGUCGUUUUGGAGGGUUCCAUGCCGGAGAGUGUGGAGGGUUUGUCGGAGACUUGGGUCAUGUACCGGUUCAAGGCCGAGAUCGGGCGUAAAUACGCCAAAGACAUCAUCUCGAGAAAACCUUUGCGAAUCAUCCGGACUCUAGACCCGAGCGCUCUGGAAUUGUUCCAUGCAAUGUCUGUUGAAAAUGUGUGGCCGAAUAAGAUCGAGUACUCGAUCAGCACCCCGACUAAAGCCGUGGUCUUUGGGACAUCCAUCCGUAUCGACUUCAAAUUAAUCCCGCUCCUCAAGGGCCUUCGCAUUGGGCAAAUCACUUCACAGCUCAUUGAGAGCCACGACCUGACCCUCAACCCGGAUGAGCCCGACUCGACGCGCAACACCUACAAAAUCACCCGGACCAUCUUGACCGACGAGCACGAGAUCGACGAAGAGAAUGUUGACGUGAUUGAUGAGGCCGCCGAGGGAUACCAGUUCACGCGCUAUCUUGACAUGCCGCAGACCUUGAAGCGUUGUUUGCAGGAUACAGAGACGAAGGGAAUCAAGAUUCGCCACAAGAUGAAGUUCCGUAUUCAGUUGCACAACCCCGACGGCCACAUCAGUGAGUUGCGUGCCACGCUACCUGUCUCCAUCUUCAUUUCUCCCGACGUGCAGAUCGACGAGAACAACAACAUUCGCGAUGCGCGACCAGUCGCUGCUCGACGCGCUACUGAUGACGCCGCCCACCAAGCCCCGCCGAUGUACAGCGAGCACCAAUUCGAUCAGCUGUACAGUGAACUUGACCCAAGCGGUUACCGUACGCCAGGUCCUGGCAGUGGCGGCGCCGGCACUCCGUUCGGCCCUCUCAGUCGCAACAUCUCAUCGGAGAAUCUGGCUUCAAUGAAUGCACUGACCAACACCAACAUCUCCGCCUCCGCGCUACAUAGCAGACUUUCCACCUUGAACGCUAGUCGCUUUGGCCAGGGCUCGCCGGGCGAGCCAGUUGUCGGCUCGCCCACGGAGAGUCACCCCAACUCGCGCAAUAUGAACGUUCAUUUCGGAGAUUACUUCGGCCACUCUUCGGGCUCCAACUCGCAGGGUCCUGCCACUCCUGCUGAGAUGUCUCGCCGACCAUCCGAUGAUGGCGGUGAUCAUGAACCCAUUGCCUCGGGCAUGGCCACCCCCUUCCUUUCACCCCAGUAUGCCGAGGUCGAGACGUUGAGUCGGGUGCCCAGCUACUCGACGGCGGUCCGUGCUGCCGUGGGUCCUUGCGACAGUGAUCUGCCUGACUACAGUGCCGCUAUGGCCAGUAGUCUCCCCAGUCCGGUCCUGCAGUCUCCUCAGCAGGCCUACCUUCGAAGUGGUCGAAGUAGCGGCUACACAACACCCCUGGAGGUGAAUAAUCCCAGACAUUUCCAUACCCACGGCACCCACGCUGACGAUGCCGAACGCAGACUCCGAUUAGUGCAGGCGCGCGGUAGAAGCUGA